CGAUAGAGAAAGAAUCGAUUCACACGCGGUCCUUUCUUUACUUAUAGCCCUAAAGCCAGAGGAUUUAAUCAAUAGAACACGGUAGUAGAACACAUACAAGCAUGCGCGCGGUCUGGCUUUGACCUUUUGGAUGCCGGUUAAUUUCACCUUUCUCAAGAUGAAGACGCUUGUAAACAUUGCCUUCUUAUUCUCUGUUUUUUGUGUGUCGUCUGUCCUUUCUCAAGGAAAUGUUUGUAAGUCUAAUUCCUGUAAACCAUACGUGGAGACUUGCUUCCCCUGGAACAAUAAUGACGGCUAUAUCUGCUGCGAGUGGUCGUCCGCUAGAGGGCAGUACAUCAAGAAAGUCCGGAACCCACUGACGGGAGAGACAGAUUUUCUCAACUGUGAUCCAUUAAAAUGCUACGUCUGUAGCUCUGCGGAUACGAAACACGGGGAUAAGUGCGGCAGACAGUUUGGGUACACGAAGGAGGAGGCAGAGAAGGCCGGAGUCUUUGUUACCUGUGAUGAAAUCGGUGUAAAGAAUGCGCGCGCAUGUGGCAAAAUGAUCACCAAUGCCUACUUUAGAAAGGAAAUUGUCACCAGGUAUUGCUACAACACCACAAGUCCUACGAAAUCCUGGUACCCCAGCGGCUGUGCCGAGUAUCUCAGCAUGGAUACCUGCUACUGCAACAAAGAGGGAUGCAACUCCCAAGAUGCAGUUCGAUCAACUUCCGGUCUAAUUUUAGCGGCAGUGCUAGCCACAAUUUCUAUAUAUGUAUCUUAAUGCUAAAUAGUUGUAUUAUUACAUGCAGAAAUACGAUCCUAUGCACUGCAUUUGUAUUUUUGUUAUUUCCAAUUUUGAAACACUUGCCAAAGCAAUUUUAUUGCAAAAACCUCUCUGCAUUUUAAAUAACUUGCUGUUGAGAUUUAAAUUUUUUAUAAAGACGUGUUAAACUGAAAUUUGAUCACUUUUGAUUGAUAAGUCAUUAUAAUAUUUAAUCCGUGGGUCAGAUAAUUGUGUCUAGUCAAUUCUGUAAACCGAUGUACCCACCAAUAAUACAUAUAUAUGUACUACUGUUCGUAAGUUGCAAUCUUUUUAUAACUUAGAAUCACGUGACACUUUAGAGUGAAUAUUAGAAGCAGAUCAAUCAUUAUAAAUUAUAUUUAAAGGGGGUUUAUUUACCUAAACAGCUGAUAUUUUGGCAAUAUAUGUAAUUACAAAGUAAAGAUGCUAAUAACCUUCAAUACUUGUUUAAAGCAUAAUACUUAGUAAAUCACUUGUUUGCUUUUUUUGAAUACUCCAUUUAUACACAUGUUCUUGUUUAUAUGAAGUAUGGAAUGCAUAACUAAUUUAUACCUACUCCCGCGGCAUCUCAGAGAAAAGAAUGUACUUCAACUUAGUCUUUUAAAAAGGGAAAGCUACCAUUUAUAUAGAAAUCCAGAGCCUGAUGUUAAUUUGCUAGAUAUGGUCAGGAAAUCCAGUAAUUUGUGUAAAUAUUGUAUGUCCCACCGAAACUCGCUCUUUUAAGACUGAAAUUUAUUUUUAAGGUCAAGAAAGAAUUUUGGAUCCAAUGCUUUACAAAUUUUGUUAAUUUCGGACGUUUUAUAAGAAUACUAGUAUUUGUUCCGUAGAGGAGAUAGAGUUCAUUUCUGAUCCUCUAUAAGAGAGGAAGAGGGGGUGUUACUUUAGUAUUAUAUGUAGAUAUUUGACCUGAAAGCUACCUCCUGUUGUUACAUAGUUAGGAGAUGACAUUGAUGUGUACUUGUGUAUUUUUACUGGUAAGAAAUUUCUCUGUGUGUGUAUGUGUGUUUU